AUGACGGUCGUAGUGCACACGACGCCGCCGCUCGACGACCUCCCCGCCAGCGACGGGGAGUCGCUCCGUAUCCUCGGAACGCUGAAGCUGGCCGGUAUCAACCCCGAGACGCGGACGGCGAGCUGGAGCGCUAAUGCGUAUGUUACUGUCGACGACAAGCCCGUUCCGAACUCGCAGCUGUCGACGAUUGCGGGAUACGAGGACGCCAACGCUGGUCUUGACGCGGAACAGCGUGCUGAUGCUGGUGUUUGGGACGCUUAUGUUGAGGAGACUGUUGUUGAUCUUGUCGUGAGUACCGCUUUUCAUCACUAUCUGGGUCUGCCCAAAUACGCCACCCAUAGCUUCAAUGACUCUGUUAUGCUCUUCUCUACCUCCCCUCUCGGCUCGCUCUCCACACUCGUCGCUCAGCUAACACCAGAACCACACCCUGUACUCCCUUCCCCCGAACUGGCCGCACCUCGCCACCGCGCAGCUCCACACGCUCUCCUUCCCCAUGACGCACAUGUUGGACUGUGGGGCCUCGGCGGCGUGCACGACGGCGACCUGAAGGAGGAAGACCAGAAGCGUCUCGACGAGUCCUUCGUCGUCGGUCCCGGCGGCACUAAGGUGCCGCGCAAGUGGAGCGGCUGGCAUGCCGGAAAGGAGAUCGCCGAGCGCCGUCGCAAGUUUGGCGAGCAGGAGCUGGGUAAGCGGUACAACGCCGUCUUUGCACCGCUCCUUCGUAAGCUCGGCAAGGGCAAGUUCUUCUACGGAUCUAAGCCGUGCUCCCUCGAUGUUGCGCUCUGGGCGCAACUGACGCUCGCGCUCGACACGAAGCUGCCCAACCAGCUUCUCGGCACGUACCUGAGGGACAACUGCCAGGAGCUCGUGAAGCACCAGCACCGCGUGCAGAAGGCGCUCUUCCCGUCCGGCUGGCCGAAGCGGCUUCCCCCACCCACACCCCCCACACUUGUCGAGACAGUCCGUACGACGGUCGAGAGCUGGUGGCCCUUCGGUUCCAAGACGACUGUCACCGAGACAACCGAGCCCGCUGGACCCGAGGACGCGCGCAAGAAGGCCGAGGAGCAAAAGUUCAAGUACGCCCGUUGGGCGUGGUUUGCCGGCGCCUCUGUGGCAGUGAUCGGCUACGUCCUGCUCUCUGGCAUCGUCACGUUCGACUUUGGAGACGAGGAGGAGUGGGACGAGGAGCUCUGGCAGGAGCUCGAGGAGGCAAUGGCCGAGGAGGAGGUCGAGGAAGUCGCUGAGGCGCUGGAGGAGCGGAAACCGACGUCCCGUCUGCCGGUGUGGGAGGAUGGAGAGGAGGAGGAAGAGAAGGGCGAGCGUAGCGAGCCCGAGUCCAACGCCGGCUCCGACUCCGGUUCCAGCGGCAAGCUUGAGGAGAAAGUCGAAGAGAAGGUCGUGGAGAAGCCGAGCGGACGGAGCAGCGGCGGUCUCCCCGUGUGGGAGGAUGGGGAGGACGAGCGCGAGCAGCAACAAGAGCAGAAGCCCAAGAAGAAGACCGAGGUCAGCGACGACACGGACCCGGGACCGCUGAAUGGCGAGCCGAGCGUGGAUGAGGAGAUCAUUGACGACUUUGACCCGGCGACGCUGGAGGGAUAA